AUGCCGAGGCCUGGCCGGAGCACGUACGGCGACCAGAAACCGCCGUACUCCUACAUCUCCCUGACUUUCAUGGCGAUUCAGAACUCUAGCGAAAAAAUGCUCACCCUGAGCGACAUCUACAAGUUCAUCAUGGACAGGUUCCCCUACUACCAGAAGAACACUCAGCGCUGGCAGAACAGCCUGCGACACAACCUUUCCUUCAAUGACUGUUUCAUCAAGAUCCCUCGAAGGCCGGACAGGCCGGGCAAGGGCAGCUACUGGGCCCUACACCCUGCCUGCGGGGACAUGUUCGAAAACGGCAGCUACCUCCGCAGGCGGAAGCGAUUCAAGCUCAGCAAGCAGGCCAAAGACGCCACUGCGGCCGCCCUCGCCGACCUGAAGCACUUCGAGACGGCAACUCAGGCGCAUGUCCAGGAGCAGGCGAAGAUGCGGCUGACAGCCCUAGCAGCAGCCCCAAGCCACCUGCAGCCCCUGAGCGAAACGCUGCUGUCUUCAGGAGUUCCUACCACCUACAAACAACCCUUCACCAUCGAGAACAUCAUCGGGCCAGACUUGAAAAAUGGAACUCUACCGGGGCACCCGCCCCUCAUGCCCCAGCAUGGAAUGCUGGUGCCAAGGUCGCUGGCGACCUUCCCUCAGCAACUCUGGCCCCCAACCUACACUUCAGCUGCAGUAACCUUCAACCCGGUGAUGACAGGGGCCGAAUUCCCGCACCUGUUUGUCAGUUCGAAGGCGCCCCCGCCCACCAGCGUCUUCAGCCUGCCGCUGCACCAUCCCUACCGGGGGGCCCUGGGGCAGGUGCCCUUCGCCAUGGGCCCCGCGUCCCUGGGACCCUACAAGCCGGCGUUCAUGCCGGCCGCCUUCCCCAGCCUGCCGGACCACGCUCUGCUGGGGUCGGCCGUCAUGCCCACCUGCAUCAACGCCGGGCUCUCGCCGCCGCUAAGGGUGGACUCGGUGUCGAGCGACAUCUCAUCUAAGUCACUAGACGUCGUGUCGGACGAUUCCUCAAAGUGA